GGGAGCGCGGGCUUUGGAAGGCGGCGGAGCGAGAGAAGACCCUCCGGCGAUCUCAGGCGGGAGCUGGACUGAGGACUGUUCUGGGCGACGGUGGACCAAGCGUUGGCUGCCGAGGCCCCGCACCCCUAAGGCCAGCUGUCCCUCCUCUGUAUCGCUAUGGGUAUUCAAGGCCUGGCCAAACUGAUUGCUGACGUGGCCCCCAGUGCCAUCCGGGAGCACGACAUCAAGAGCUACUUCGGCCGUAAGGUGGCUAUCGACGCCUCCAUGAGCAUCUAUCAGUUCCUGAUUGCCGUUCGCCACGGUGGGGAUGUGCUGCAAAACGAGGAGGGCGAGACCACCAGCCACCUGAUGGGCAUGUUCUACCGCACCAUCCGCAUGAUAGAGAAUGGCAUCAAGCCCGUGUACGUCUUUGACGGCAAGCCUCCCCAGCUCAAGUCAGGCGAGCUGGCCAAACGCAGUGAGCGGCGGGCGGAGGCCGAGAAGCAGCUGCAGCAGGCUCAGGACGUCGGGGCCGAGGAGGACGUAGAGAAGUAUACUAAGCGGCUGGUGAAGGUCACCAAGCAACACAACGAUGAGUGCAAGCGCCUGCUGAGCCUCAUGGGCGUCCCAUACCUUGAUGCGCCCAGCGAGGCAGAGGCCAGCUGUGCAGCCCUGGUGAAGGCUGGCAAGGUCUACGCGGCAGCCACGGAGGACAUGGAUUGCCUGACCUUCGGCAGCCCCGUGCUGAUGCGGCACCUGACUGCCAGCGAGGCCAAGAAGCUGCCCAUCCAGGAAUUUCACCUGAGCCGGAUUCUGCAGGAGCUGGGCCUGAACCAGGAGCAGUUUGUGGACCUGUGCAUCCUGCUGGGCAGUGACUACUGUGAGAGCAUCCGGGGCAUCGGGCCCAAGCGGGCUGUGGACCUCAUCCAGAAGCACAAGAGCAUCGAGGAGAUCGUGCGCCGACUCGAUCCCGCCAAGUACCCCGUGCCGGAAAACUGGCUCCACAAGGAGGCCCAGCAGCUCUUCCUAGAGCCCGAGGUGCUGGACCCGGAGUCAGUGGAGCUGAAGUGGAGCGAGCCAAAGGAAGAGGAGCUGGUCAGAUUCAUGUGUGGCGAAAAGCAGUUCUCCGAGGAGCGGAUUCGCAGCGGGGUCAAGCGGCUGAGCAAGAGCCGCCAGGGCAGCACCCAGGGCCGCCUGGAAGAUUUCUUCAAGGUGACCGGCUCGCUCUCUUCGGCUAAGCGCAAGGAGCCAGAACCCAAGGGGCCUGCGAAGAAGAAGGCGAAGGCUGGGGCAGCAGGGAAAUUUAAAAGGGGGAAAUAAAUGUUUCCCUUUGUUGUACCUCCUUGACCCCCGUCUGUCUACCUUGUACCCUCGAGAGCUAGCACUAGAGAAACCCCCGCGGGGGCAGGGAGGGGUCGCAUUGCUUCUCCAGCACGGCCGUUCUCGGUAGGGCUUUUCCCCCUUUUACUUGAUGUACUUACUGCAGGAAGGCCGCAGAGGUGCUUCCUUUCCUCCUUUUUUAGCUCAGGAAAGUGCGUCAGGUCGAACCACAUCUCGGUCAAUUUAAUAGACACCGAGUCCGUUGUUACAUAAGAGUGAUAGCAAUACGUCUGAGGGCGGGAGAGGAAGGUAAAUGGCGAAGACAGAAGACUGUGGGGCGGUCUCCCGGCUGGUGGACCGUUGGCCAGCGGCGCUGGGACCUCACGGCGCCCCUCGCCCUGGUGCAGCCUCCACCCGCCCUGCAGGGGGGCCCGCGGGGAGAGGCCGUCUUUCGUCCACGGGAAGAGCUGCUGAGAAGCGAGGCAGAUGGAGAGCUGGAGUCCCCGGGGUGGGAGACGGGUCUGAUAACCGGCUGUGUGUCCUGGGGUGGGCAGAAACUUGAACUUGCUAUGUAACUUGAAUCUUUAGUUAUUCAGAGGUAUAAGGUGGCUUAGUUCUCAUGGCCUCUCUGAGGCAAUCACCUGAGUUGGGAUUUGAUGCUGUUGUCCGUGUGCUGUUUUUGUUUUAAACGUGUAAGAAGAGCCAAUAAAAUUAUAAAAGCGGGCA